GAACACGGGGCUUCGGAGGGAAGGCGAACUCCAGCCCGCAGCCCGGCGCCAAGCCGCCGUCAUCUCCUUCCUGUGCCGGAUACUACAGAAAGUUUCAGUAGCCCUGGACUAAAAGCUGAAAUAAUAGAAACUGUAUAAUGCAUUAGGGUAUUGAAGAACAUUAAUUUUUGAAUUAAGUAUUUGGUGUAUAAAGGAAGAAAGGUGCCUGAAAAUGGGGCGGAAGAAAAUACAAAUCACACGCAUAAUGGAUGAAAGGAACCGACAGGUCACUUUUACAAAGAGAAAGUUUGGAUUGAUGAAGAAAGCCUAUGAACUGAGUGUGCUCUGUGACUGUGAGAUAGCACUCAUCAUUUUCAACAGCUCCAACAAACUGUUUCAGUAUGCCAGCACUGACAUGGACAAGGUUCUUCUCAAGUACACAGAAUACAACGAGCCUCAUGAAAGCAGAACCAACUCGGAUAUUGUGGAGACUUUAAGAAAGAAAGGCCUUAAUGGUUGUGAGAGCCCUGAUGCUGACGAUUACUUUGAGCACAGUCCACUCUCGGAGGACAGAUUCAGCAAACUAAAUGAAGAUAGUGAUUUUAUUUUCAAACGAGGCCCUCCUGGCCUGCCACCUCAGAACUUUUCAAUGUCUGUCACAGUCCCAGUGACAAGCCCAAGUGCUUUGCCGUACACUAGCCCAGGGAGUUCACUUGUGUCACCGUCUUUGGCAGCCAGCUCCACUUUAGCAGACUCAAACAUGCUGUCUCCACCUCAAGCCACGUUACAUAGAAAUGUAUCCCCUGGAGCUCCUCAGAGACCACCAAGUACUGGUAAUGCAGGUGGGAUGUUGAGUACUUCAGAUCUCACAGUGCCAAAUGGAGCUGGAAGCAGCCCAGUGGGGAAUGGAUUUGUAAACGCAAGAGCUUCUCCAAAUUUAAUUGGAACUGCUGGUGCAAAUAGUUUAGGCAAAGUCAUGCCUACAAAGUCUCCUCCACCACCAGGUGGUGGUAAUCUUGGAAUGAACAAUCGAAAACCUGAUCUUCGAGUUGUUAUCCCCCCUUCAAGCAAGGGCAUGAUGCCUCCACUAUCGGAGGAAGAGGAAUUGGAGUUGAAUCCUCAGAGGAUAAGCAGUUCUCAGGCUACUCAACCUCUCGCCACCCCAGUAGUGUCUGUGACAACCCCGAGCUUGCCUCCACAGGGACUUGUGUACUCGGCCAUGCCGACCGCCUACAACACUGAUUACUCGCUGACCAGCGCUGAUCUGUCGGCUCUACAAGGCUUCAACUCCCCAGGAAUGCUGUCUCUGGGGCAGGUGUCAGCCUGGCAGCAACACCAUCUAGGACAAGCAGCUCUCAGCUCUCUCGUUGCUGGAGGGCAGUUAUCUCAGGGUUCGAAUUUGUCUAUUAAUACCAACCAAAACAUCAACAUUAAGUCAGAACCAAUUUCACCUCCCCGGGAUCGAAUGACCCCAUCAGGCUUCCAGCAGCAGCCGCCGCCACCGCCGCCUCCACAGCAGCCACCACCGCAGCCUCCCCAGCCCCAACCCCAGCCCCGGCAGGAAAUGGGGCGCUCCCCUGUGGACAGUCUGAGCAGCUCUAGCAGCUCCUAUGAUGGCAGUGACCGGGAGGAUCCACGGGGUGACUUCCACUCUCCAAUUGUGCUUGGCCGUCCGCCAAACGCUGAGGACAGAGAAAGCCCUUCCGUCAAGCGCAUGCGGAUGGAUGCAUGGGUGACCUAGGGCUUCCAGGCUGCUGCUUGUCCUUUGUGUCCUGGCAGUGAACUGCGCAUCGUAGCUACAUUGGUAAAUAAGGACCUGCGUUAGGUAUAUUUAUAUGUACAUACAUACAUAUAUAUCCCUGUACAUAUAUAUGUAUGUGGGUGUGUGUGGGUGUGUGUUUGUGUGUGGCUGGGUGUGUUGCAGACACAGAAUCAGGCACUUACCUGCAAACUGCUUGUUGGUCUGCAGAUGUGUGUCCCCUGGCAGACAAAACACCCUGUAGGCACAGACCAGUCUGGCACUUCCUUGGACUACUUGUUUCAUAAGAUAACCAGAUUUUGCAAACAAAUGUGUACCCAUAUAUAAUUCUCCUACAGUAGCUUGCAGAAACCUAGUGGGCCCCCCCUACUUGUUUUAUUUAACUGUGCGGUGACUGUAGUUACUUAAGAAAAAAUGCUUUGUAGAACAGAGCAGUAGAAAAGCAGGAACCAAGAAAGCAAUACUGUACAUAAAAUGUCAUUUAUAUUAUUUACCCAACCUGGCAUGGGUCUCUAUUGCAAAGGGGUGCAUGGGAAAGGGCUGUUGAUAUUUUAAAAAUUAGACAAAAAUACAAAACAGAAGAGCCCCACACAUAACUGUUUUGCACGUGCAAAAAUGUAUUGGGUCAAAGAGGUGAUCUUUAGCUAAUAAAAAAGAGAGAGAAUAGAAAACACGCAUGAGAUAUUCAGAAAAUAAUAGCCUAGAAAUAUAGAGCAUUAACAAAGUAAAAUUAAUAUAUUAAGUUAUGAUUGGAAUAUAUCAGAAGUUUCUUUUUACAUUCAUAUCUUAAAAAUUAAAGAAACUGAUGAUUUUAGCUCAUGUAUAUUUUAUAUGAAAGAAAACACCCUUAUGAAUUGAUGACUAUAUAUAAAAUUAUACUCACUACUUUUGAACACAUUCUGCUAUGAAUUAUUUAUAUAAGCCAAAGCUGUAUGUUGUAACUUUUUUUUAAGAAAAUAGCUCUAUCUUAUUUUAACUUUUUAUUUUAAGAGGGGAAAAAUAACUUGCAAGCAGAACCUUGGAAAAAAAAAGCCAUGAACACUUAUUCUAUAUGUAAAUUAAAAGUUGAGCCAAACUCUUUGUGUAUAUAGCAUCUUAAAUAUAUUAUCACCUUUGAUGUAAGUACCUAUGUAUUGUAUGGUCACCAGAUUAAAAAGUAUAUUUUUGUGGAUUGCCGCCAAUUUGGGGGGAAAAGGCGAGAUCCUUAUUAAGUAGAGUAUUCACUGUUUAAUAUUUACUAUUUUGUUAAAUACGCUGUACUUUGGAUUUUAAUUAUUAGCCCAGUUGUUUUCAGAGGAUUGUAUAGAGGGGUUUCUCCUCUCACUGGUGGGGAAUGUGUGAUGUUAAAUUGUAAUCUUUGUGCUGUAUGGGUUGAGCAUCAUUAUAUAUUUUAUAUGUGUACAUAAAUAGCAAAGUGGCAAAAAAAAUUGGUGUUAAGUUCAUCCUGCAUAAAUAUAAAAUGUGUUGUAACAGAUUUUAUAAGGCAUUAUUUAAAAUUUGCCUUUUGUGAGGAAAAGAUAUAUAGUAGAAAAAGCUGACCUAAUUUAAUAAUACAGAAAAUGACAAAAUAGUAGAUGAGCACAAAGGUUUUUAAGUGGUGAAUGAUUAGGAAAAAUCUUUGUGGGGGAAAGGAUCUCUUUUUCCUUGACCCUAUAAAAGCGGAAUGGUGCUUCAGGUGACAGAGUGCAGUCGUCGUCACCCGCUUUGUGCGUUGGCGUGGGGAGAAAGUGCUGUGGAUCCGUGGAGGCUUCCUGCUCGCCUGACGGGACCCACGCGCUCCCCUGGAGUGAACAAGGCCUUAGUCUUACAGGAAGACACCUCAUGGGUGAGAACAAGUUUACUGGGCUUGUGCCAUGAACAAAAUUCAAAGUCCUGUAUAUCUUUUAUCGCAGAUUUUUGAAUACUCCUUUUCCUCAGAAACUCAAAAGAAGGGUUUGAAAUGCCAUUUUAUAUUUUAAACUUAAUACUGAGCAGCUAUCUACAAUUUUUACUUACAUUGUGUUUCCCCCGAAUUAUGUUUCCUUUGACACUCCUCAUCUGCAGGUUGUGACAAGUCAUCAGAGUCGCUGAGCGCUGUGGCGUUGCUCGGGACAGACCCACGGCAGGUCACAGGCUGCAGAUGGAAAACUGUCCUUAAUGGCAGUUUGGGUCAUAAAUUUUGGUUGAGGCCAAAAAAGGGAGGGUGAUACACUAUCUUCUCUCUUCAGUAUCGGUAUUUGGCUCUUUUUUGGAAAGGAUGGGUUUUUCUUUAAAAAUGUACUCACUUCGCUGAGCUACUUCCAGGCGCAUUCUUCAUCAGGUCACGCCUGAUCGGAACAAGACAGCCUCCCGACACUGAAUUUCCAACAUGAUCCUUACCACUUUGUAAACCAUUUAUAGCUUUGAAGUGUUAAGUUAUUAUUUAUGCAUGUUCAUGAACCUCUGCUGUAUAUCAGAAUAGGAGUUAACAUUCACAUUUACUGUCUAUUUUCUUGUGUGCCUUAUGAGAUGGCUUUUCUGACUGUAUCUCAAUUGUCUUUCUUUCUAUGCAGGUUUAUAAUCAGUACAACUACUGUUUUCUAAAAUAUUACACAAGGCUCGGAGUUUGUAUUUAAAUUACACUGACCAAGUAACAUUGUAUUCCGUUUUCAGGAACUGAAUAUUUGACUGUUAAUCUUUGUCCCAUACGCCCCGUAUGAAUUGGAGCAUAUGGACUUGGCCAACAUCCCUCACCCAGACACCACGUGCCAGCGCAUCCACAUCCACAUCUCUUGGCGGAAAGAAGCCUAAGUGGGGAAGACACCGAUGGUGUUGCUUUAGGUUCAGUUUUUCUAACCCUUUUAGGACCCCGGUGUUUUGUAUAAGACACCACCAUAGAAAGUUUUAUCUUUCCAGAUGAAGUAUUUUAUUAUUAAAAACAAAAAGCCAACUUAAAUUGCACUAAUUACAAGUACAGUUUUCAACAGCUGACCUUCCCCAAGCACCUUACCUGGUCCUGGCUGAGAGUGUCACCAUUGUGUACACACAGAUGGUCCCAAUCACAACUCCAUCUUUUGAGCCCUAAUUACAUUCAUUGUGUCAGAAACUAAAUCAGGGGUUUGUUCUGAAAGAACAAUGUGUGUUUUACCAUUUCCUUUAAAUAUAAGGGUAACAUGUAAUGCAUUAACAUAAUUUCUCUAUUAACCAUCAUGCGCACAAGAAAUACAUAGUAAAUAAGGAACCUGAAAACUCCUGGCAUUGGAUCAUAAGAAGCUAGAUUAUUAGAAUGUGAAAAAGAUUUUACAAAUGUAAAACUUUUAUUUCUCUGUAGAAACUUUCUUCACUUUGCUGUGCAAGAAGACACUGCUUUGCUAUAUUUAAAAUGGCUUUUUUAAAAGAGAUUUAUGUAUUUGGUAAAUGUUUGUAGUCAACAGUUCACACGAGAAGCUGUACACGGUUUGAUCUUGUAAAACCGUUUGGCGGCACAAGCUGGACUUUGUUGCCAUCCUUGAGGUGAAUCUUUUAAGAAAAAUAAGUUAAUCUCAAUUUUUCCCUGAAUGUGUUGUUUUUUCUUCAUUAUACAAUAAAUAUUAUAGUGAACUUUU